CCGUUCCAAAUAUCACACAAAAAUAUUUCAAUUUCCACUAUAACAGUCUCUUCUUCUCUUCAUCUAUAAUUCAAUUCCCUUCCCUUUCAAAUCUAUUCCUAACCCUUAAGUUUCCCAUGGCAACCGAGGAACCCAUCAUCGCGGUUGAACCCGUUCCCGAACCUUCAGUCUUGGAGAAAGUGGAGGAACCCAAGGCCGAAACGGAGAAGACGAAGAAAUCCAAGGAAUCGAAACCUAAGAAAGCUUCCAAACCACGAAACCCUGCUUCUCAUCCUACUUACGAAGAGAUGAUUAAGGAUGCAAUAGUGUCGCUGAAGGAGAAGAACGGUUCCAGCCAAUAUGCGAUUGCGAAAUUCAUUGAAGAGAAACAGAAACAGCUUCCUGCUAACUUUAAGAAACUAUUGCUUCAGAGUUUGAAGAAAAAAGUUGCUUCUGGAAAGCUUGUUAAGGUUAAAGGUUCAUACAAGCUUUCAGCAGCGGCCAAAAAGCCCACAGUUGCUAAGCCGAAGACAAAGCCAGCUGCCAAAGCAAAGGCUGCCGUGAAGGCUAAGACAGCCGCUAAGCCAAAAGCUAAAGCUGUUGUCAAGCCAAAGUCCAAGUCUGUUACUACUAAGCCCAAAGCGGCUGCUGCCAAACCCAAAGCUGCUGCCAAGCCUAAAGCUGUUGCUAAGGCCAAAGCAGCUGCGAAACCAAAGCCUAAGGCAAAGUCUACAAAGGUUGCUAGGACAUCGACAAAGACGACACCUAGAAAGAAAGUUGCUGUUGCCAAGCCUGCACCUAAGAAAGCAGCGGCUGCAAAGAAAGCUCCUGUCAAGAGUGUGAAAGCUAAGAGUGUGAAGUCUCCAGCCAAGAAGGCUACCGGGGUGAAGAGAGGGGGAAGGAAAUGAGAGUCUUCUAAACCUUAGCAUUGUAAAGAUGUUUUGUGUUCUUUUUUUUUAAUACUACUAGUUUAUAUAAUAUAAAAACUUCUGGUUUUAUUUUCCA